AUUUUCUUUUAGAUGUUUAGUUAAAUCAGAUCUAAUCCGUGAUACCAAAAUUUUCUAAAGACUGCAAUUACAAUCAAUAUAUAUCCACAUAAUCCGUUUACCCCCGUUUUAAUUAUCUUUUGAUCUAUCAAUCUCCAGAAAACGAGAGAGAUGAGUAUGGUGAUAUCUUUGUUUGAUAAAUUUCUGUUUCCACCACCGCCAUCAAUAUUCAUAACAACCAUGUCUGUAAUCAGUUUUGUAUCCCUAGCAAACUCUGGGUUGUCGGAGUUAAGAGGAAAACAUCUUGGAUACUCAAAAUUCUGGAAUGCUGAUAGUAACAAUAAACCUGUUAAGAAAGAAAGUACUAAGCUCUCUAGUAGAACAGGAAUGCUUCUUCUCUACACACCUGCUUUUCUAGCCGGUGCUAUCUCUUUCUGGCUCUGCCCUAAUCAUGAUUUCAGAUUCUUGUUGGUCAAUUCCGCUGUUACCUUUCAUUUCUUUAAAAGGGUUUUUGAGGUUUUGUUUGUUCACAAAUACAGUGGAGGGAUGGUGCUUGACUCGGCAAUUGUGAUCUCUCUAAGUUACACUCUAUCAGCAGUAAGCAUGAUUUACAACCAACACUUGAUGCAAGGUAUUCCAGACCCUCAAAUUGAUCUAAAACUUGUGGGAGGGGUGGUGUUUUUGGCGGGGAUUGUUGGAAACUUUUACCACCAUUACAUUCUAGCAAAUCUGAGGGGAAAGAGUGAUAAAGGGUAUAAGAUUCCUACAGGGGGUCUCUUUGGAUCUGUGAUUUGCCCACACUAUCUGUUUGAAAUUCUUAUAUUUGUAGGGAUUUCAUUGAUGUCUCAGACAUUGUACCCAAUCGCUUUCACUGCUGGAACCGCAUGUUAUUUGACAGGAAGGAGUUAUGCUACUAGGAAAUGGUACCUUUCUAAGUUUGAAAACUUUCCUAAGCAUAUCAAGGCUCUUGUACCUUUUGUUUUUUAGAUGCAAACUCUGAAUUUUGUAUGUAGCGAAUGUCAGUGAUCAGCUUAGCUCUAGUAAGUUCUUCUGGUGAUAUAUUGAAAUGUCUCUUUGGUAAGUUCAUGUCUUCUCUUCCUUAAUUGUUCAAAUUCCAAGUUAUGAUUCUACCUUUUCAGACUAACCACACAAAACAUCGAAACAGUGAGCUCAAGUUGCGCUUGCUCUGGAUGGGGAAAGCCUCUUCGAUUUUAAACUGGUGGGUCAUUACAAAUCUGCAAACGAGAACACAUUUCUUCAACUUUAUUGUCCUUGAUGUUCUUCCGGAAACCGAAAGGCAAGCUUGUACCUUCAUCGUCUGAACGAUGUUGAGCCACUAGUAAUUUAACAAACUUGUGAACCUGGACAAAAGAGCCUUACCAAUCGUCCAGCCAAUACGCGGGCAGGCAGCUGAAUUUCUGAAAACCACUUCAAAGUUUUUAUCCAACACUAAUGAAAUAUAUGCUCCGCAUUUUUCUACAACCAACUCGACUCCAGCAACACAUCUCCAGCCCAACAUUUACAAGUUAAACUACUUUGACUAAGUUGUUAUCAAAGUCUGUGGUACAUUGUUUCCUAGUCACGGCAUAAUAUGAAUUCUAUCUAAAUCUACCGGUUAAUAUGAUUUCCAUCUUUAUCUUC